AUGGCGCGAUUUGCUUUCCGCGCGCCCUCGCUCCGAACGCUCUCGUUCCGCGCGCCCUCUUUCCGCGCGCCCUCUUUCCGCGUGCCCGUCCUGUCAAACCCUGCGCUGCUGCUAGCCGUCGCCCUCGUCAUCGUCGCGCCGAUCCACGUCAGCAGCAGCCCGCACAGCCCACACGUGGCGCGAUGCUCGCCGAUCUGGCAGACACGUGGCCGUCCGUGCUCCUGGUUCGAGGGCUGGUACGUGCGUGUAGUGGAUCCCUCUACAGGAGGCAGCUAUGCUGCAAUAAUUGGCUCCAUGCCUAUAGCGAAUCGCUCUAUAGCGAUGCUGCUCAGCUGCCACCCCAAGAGGAAGGGAGGGCGGGAAAGCUGUCAGGUGGGGGAAGGGCGGAGAGUGUUGAGAGAGGAGGGUUGGGGGAAGCAGGAACAGGAGCAGGAGCAGGAGCAGGAGCAGGAGCAGGAGCAGGAGCAGGAGCAGGAGCAGGGGACGGGAGAGUCAGAGGGGGGACGGAGUGGAGGGGCAGUUGGGGAAGGGGCAUCAGAGGCGGUAGCAUGCGGGGUAGGAUCAUCUGGGGAAGGGCCUAUCGAGUACGUGAUGGGGCAUGAUGCAGCUGGUGGCACAGAGACAGGGACAUUUGAAGCCGCAGCAGGAUUUGCAACAGCAGCGGGUGGAGGAUCAACAGGUGGAGCAUUCGAGACGGCAGCAUGUGAAGGGACUCUGAUUGAGAAGAUGGAAAUAGCGCGGCCCAGCAUAACAGUGGGCACGCACCCUCCCAAGCCCGUCUCCUCCGACCCAUCGGACUCAGCCCCGCCUGUGUUCGAGUGGCGGGUGGAGGGCCAUGGCUUUCUGAUCUCCCGUGGGUUCAACCACACGGAAGUGGAUAUCAGAGUGGGGGGGUCGAGGCUGCAGGCUAAUCUGACCAACCAGCGCCACUGGAACCCGUCUGAUCCCGGGGCAGGCCCAGAGGGGUGGGCGGCAUCAGUGUCACAGCUGAUUCCUGGAGGAAUGGGCGAGCUGCCGUGCCGCUGGUUUGUCAACAGCCUUGGUUCAACCGCCUCGUACCGCUUCUGGAAUGAGAGUGAGGGGGUGGCGGUGGAGGGGAGGGGGUGGGCGCAUGAGGAGAAGAACUGGGGGGAGUACUUCCCUGCUGGCCACGUGUGGAUGCAGGGCAUGUCAUCUGACAACAGCGUACAGCUUCAUAUCCAGCUGGUGGGAGCUGGUGGAAUUUUCCCCCUUGCUUCUCCUCCUCUCUCUUGCUCUCCGCACCCCUCAUCUCUCCCUCGACUUCCGAUUCAUUCACCCCUCACCUCAAUCCCCUCCGCCCUCUUCUCUUUACUCACCUUGUUCUCCCCAUGCUCUCACCCCUUCCCUUCCCCCCCCUUACUGCUCCCCCCAUUUUUACCAACUUUUUCCCCACAGCUGGUGGGAGCGGGAGCGUUUUUCCGCUUCGCCUCCCUCCCCUCCCUCCCCUCUCCACUGGUCCUCUCUCUCGGCCUCCGCACCCCCCACCACUCCCUCGACUUUCGAUCCAUCGACCCUCUCACCUCCUUCACUCCCCCCACCAUCGACUCCUGCUCCGGCCACUUCUCCCUCGCCGCCCGGACGCCGACCGCCGCCCUGCGGGUGCGGGUGCAUGCGCCGCCAUCGUCUUUUAGCGGGGCAGUGUGGAUGCCGAGGGCUGAUGGGGAUUGGGAUGCGACUGGGCGGGAAAGCUUCAGUGCUGUUAUGGAGAUUGAGCUGGAAGUGUGGGGGGGUGGCGCACUGACGGCGAAUCUCGAGGCGGACCUGGCGCCUGGCGGAGGGGAGCGCGCAGCGGAUGCGCGGCUGGACAUCCUCGUCUACAACUAUCGCGGCAAAACCAACGUGAAGGUGCAUAUUCACUAUGAGAGCCCCUCUCUCGUGGCGCCCACAGGCCAGUCCAUCCACGUGGGCCAGAUAGGCAGCAGCAGCGAGCCGAUCUGGACCAUUGACGGCGAUUGGACGGUGGAAGAUCCCGGCGAGUGGGACCUAUCAGUGUGGUAUAUGGGCGCAGGGAAGGCCAAGCCUGCAGGAUCAUCAAAAUCGGUUUUUUCUAUGGUGAAGAAGAUUGAUAGAGCGUGGUUUAGGAGCUUGAUUGCGACUAUGGCCUUCAAGCGACUCCAGUUCCCGUCGGGCUUCCUUCCCGUUAUCCUCAUCGCAUCUAUCGUCGUCCGUAGCACUUGCGCCGCCGAUCAUGGAUUCAGAAUUCAGAGCGCCACGUUCAACGGUAGUAACUUGGAGUCAGUGGCGUUUGCUGCGACCAAGACUCGCACAUCUAGGAGGCUCGGCAUCCUCCCGUUCCCCGGCUUUCUCAAGUGCGCGCUGGUGGCAAAUCUGAACGCAGGCAAUGUGCGGUCCAUCCUUGGGGGAGAUCCCGGUGCGGACGGCCUGGCACUCAUUCAAGUGUACAGGUACAACGGACAGACCAACGUGAACAUUCGCCUGCGAGCGCACGCGCUGUCUUCCUCCCCCAUUGCCCAGACCGUAAACAAGGCCUAUUCAGGCAACAACGGGCUGCCGGUGUGGGUGGUGUCAGGGCAGUGGGCUCGAGACAACAGCAACGACGCAUACACACUGCAAAAGUGGUACUAUGAGGCUAAUAAGAAGUACCCUCCUGGGUCUACUAGUUCCGUGUACUCUAUUGUUCGGGCGAUGGCCGGGGAUCCGAGGCGGUACUAUGCGGUGGUGAGCUCUGUGACCCGGCCGCUAGGGGCGAUCAGGGGGCAGUUCAGGAGGACCCUGCCGUUUUUGCUGUACCCGUGGAAUCCGUGCUAG